UAAGGUAAAAUGGACGUUCGACAUGUGGCACAACUGUUGAUACAACAACGUGAUAUCUGAUGCAAUACCACAGAUUAAUAGCGUUAAUUUUUUAAUCGAACGCCCCUCAUUGAUGUGACCAGUUGUGUGUAGAAAUAACAAGUCAUAAUGGACACAGAAGAAAUAUGCCAAUACUUCAAUAGCAUUGUUAAAAAUGAGAAGGAAGUUUCGGCCGGUAUGGCUGCUAUUCGUACUUUAUUGCAAGUAUUGAAGCAUUCUAAAUCAGAGACAGUUCAAGAGCUUCAGAUUUGCUUGCAAGAUGCAAUCAACGCGAUGCGCUGCACGGAAACUCCAGUUACCGCAAUUGCCUCGGGAAGUGAAUUGUUCCUACGUUUUAUCACAUUAGCAACACUAGAUACACAGUCAAUUGCAAAGUGCAAAGGAAUCAUGCUGGAAAGAGGCAAAGUGUUCUAUGAGAAAUUAGUUGCAGCGCGGGGAAAAGUAGCCAAGGUAGCAGCGCAUUUCAUUACUGACGGCUCGACCAUCCUCACGCAUUCCAAAUCAAGAGUAGUACUGCAAGCAAUGAAGGAAGCUGCUGCGAGUAAUAAAAUAUUCAAUGUAUAUGUUACGUCAACGUCGCCUGACAAUAACGGAGAAGAAAUGUGCCAGAGCUUAACAAAGUUGGGCAUAUCGUGUACAGUGAUACUGGACUCCGCAGUGGGAUACGUGAUGGAGCGCGUAGACAUGGUGAUGGUCGGAGCGGAAGGUGUUGCAGAAAGUGGUGGUGUAAUCAAUAAGAUAGGUACAUAUACAAUGGCUAUAUGUGCGAAAGAGGUAAAAAAACCAUUUUAUGUAUUGACAGAAAGCUUCAAAUUUGCGAGAAUCUACCCUUUAAAUCAAGUGGACUUACCUGAUGAAUUUAAGUAUACAUCUAGUACUUUAAACAAGAAUUUAAAAAAGGAGCACCCCUUAGUAGAUUAUACUCCGCCUCAGUACAUCAGUCUAUUGUUCACGGAUUUAGGAAUAUUAACACCAUCGGCUGUUAGUGAUGAACUCAUUAAAUUAUACUUAUAAUUUGGAGUUUUGUUAAGUGAGGGCCUUGAGUCACCACUUCCUCCUAAGAGGUGGGCAACUGAAUAAAAUCCUUGCUAGAAUUGGAACUCGGAUCUGUGGCUUACCAAUCUAGCGUACAUCUCUCCACCAUGCUUGCCACAGUCUAUCUAUGGUAUACGAGAAUUACAUUAUGUUAAAAUGGACUUUUUCAGAGUGGAGUUUUACGUAAACUACAUACAUAAAGACUGCUUGUAAUUGUGUGCAAUGUGUAACAUUGGUGUGUCACUCGAAUAAGAAACGGAACAUCUAAAUUACAAGAAUCUUGUGAAAUCUUAUUAGCUUUGGAAGAACGUUGAACGUUAUAGCUGUUUAAAUUUUAUACACUUAAACUACAAAAUGGAUACAUGCAUUUACAUUCUCAACACAAUUAUAUAUUACACAGUAAUUUAAAAAUAUAAGCUUAUCAUCAAAGCAAUAAGAAAAGUUCUUAUAGUUAGGAUAUCAUACUGCAAGACUCUUAAUUUUCCAUUUUUCCCUCUUUAAUAGCUUAUGUAAGACCAAGGUAUUCUUUGAAGACUAGGAAGUCAACAACAUUAGUCUUUUCGCGAUAUUUUGCUUUUUUUUCAGUGAGAUUCCAUACUACAAAUCAUUAACUGAAUUAAUAUACGAUACGAUAACACAAAUACAUUGCUUAAAUACCACCUAUGUACUUUUAUAUAUACUGAAAAUUUUGCAAAUAUAAAAAAUUCUAAGUA